AUGCGCGGCCCGCCCGCGCGGGCUCCUCCACGCACGCGCAUGUGUUCCCGGGCUCACGCGCGCUCCCGGCGUGCUGGAGGUGGGCUGCGCGUUCUGCUCCGUCCCACCGGCCACCUGGUUCGUGUGUCACACGGUGGUGGUCCCGACAGCCUCAAGCCCGUCGGCAGCAGCCCCGCCAUUGCCAUCGCCGCCGCCGCCGUGCUGUCUGUGGAGCCCGAGGGACUUGGGGGCCCGUCCCCCCCCAGCACGCAGCCCUGCCACUUCCUGACGUUGGCCCCCAUCAAAAUACCUCUGCGGACCGCCCCCUUCUCCGAUAAAAGCAGAGAGCGCGGCCGAGCACCCUGUCCUCCCGGCCUGAUGCUGCACGCGGACAGGAAGAGCCGGGCCGGGGACGGAGAAGACAAGGAGCCUCCGUCGAUACUAGUCACCAGAGAGGACAGCGCGGCAAAGGGCAACCGACCCGUGGCCUCUACCCCGGUGCCCGGAUCCCCCUGGUGUGUGGUGUGGACGGGAGAUGACCGGGUUUUCUUCUUCAACCCGACGAUGCAGCUGUCCGUGUGGGAGAAGCCCAUGGACCUGAAGAACCGUGGGGACCUCAACAGGAUCAUCGAGGACCCGCCCCACAAGCGCAAGCUGGAGGCCCCGACAGCCGACCACAGCGAUGGGUCGAGGUCUGAGGAUGGCAGGGAAGACCGAAACAUGAGAACCAAGAGGAACCGGACAGAAGGCCGCGCGAGUCCUGGGCCAGAGGAGGCAGAAGGAGUGGACAAGGACACCAAGACGCCACCUCCCCAGAUCCUGCUGCCGCUGGAGGAGCGGGUGACCCACUUCCGAGAUAUGCUCCUGGAGCGAGGGGUGUCAGCGUUUUCUACCUGGGAGAAAGAAUUACACAAAAUCGUGUUUGAUCCGCGUUACCUCCUGCUAAACUCUGAGGAGCGGAAGCAGAUAUUCGAACAGUUUGUCAAGACAAGGAUAAAAGAAGAAUAUAAGGAGAAGAAAAACAAAUUGCUGCUCGCCAAAGAAGAAUUCAAGAAACUUCUGGAGGAAUCUAAGGUGUCACCCAGAACCACGUUUAAGGAGUUUGCGGAGAAGUACGGCCGGGACCAGAGGUUUCGUCUUGUUCAAAGAAAGAAGGACCAGGAGCAUUUUUUCAACCAAUUCAUACUUAUUCUUAAGAAACGGGACAAGGAAAACCGACUCCGGCUGCGGAAGAUGAGAUGAGCGUGUGAGAGGCGCAGUAGGACAGGUGCGGAGCGGAGGGUGCCGCGCGGGGCUGCGCGCACUUCUCGGAGGAUUACUGUUUCAUAUUGAAGCUCUCUUUUGUACGGCGUUCCGAGUCUGAUGCGUUUCUAAUUGCCAUGGUAGGUCGCUCCCUUAAUUGUUUAAUUAUGCAAAGUACUUGUAAUAUAUACAAAUCAUAAACCCACCGCAGGUUUGUAGCUCAGCAGAAAUAUCUAUAUCCCUCUCAAGGUGUUUUCAUGAGUUGAUCUGAGUACCUGAAACUUUUCUCCAAACCUUUGUGUGUUCCCUGGGUUCUGAGCCCCGUGGCACGGGGGCUCCUUCCGAGUGCUGGGUGUCCGUCCGGUGUCCCGAGUAGUAGCAAUAGCAUCAUCAUCACCAGUCAUAGCGACGACCCUGAGCGCCUCCACACGUGGACCCCGGACCCCCGCAGCCGUCCGAGGGGGCGCCGGGCCCCAGACAGGGCGGCCGCAACGUCUGUCGGGGGUCCUACUCAAAAUGGGAUUAUUUUGUACAAAAUCAUCAUACGAAUAGUUGAGUUAUUUUUAUCGUAUGCCCAGUUUGCAUGAGAUUUUUCUCAUCAUCUUUGUAUAAAAAGAGUUUUAAAUUUUUUUUAAUUAAUAAAUAUUUUAAACCAG